AUGGACACCGAUACACCCUCCACCGAAACGAGUGAUCGUGGAAUACAUGUCCCAAUUCUUCGCGCCACAAACUACAUGGAUUGGCGUCGACGUCUGAUUGGUCGUCUUGUUUACAAGGAGUUGCAUCUUUGCGCAUCGAGGCCGUUGAGCGUCGCUGCGGAGGCCGUUCUUCACGUCGCAAUCGACGAUCGAUCGCGCGGCUUCCACUCGCCACUCGAGCGGCUCGACUUCGCAUCUAUGGACGUGAAGAUCGCCAAGGAGCGUUCGAAGUCAUCGGCAGCCCCUGCUAUGGUUGCGAUGAACACCCACCAUUCCCUUUACCUUGCUGAUUCUUCCUCGAGAGCUCGCGAUACCGAUUUCGUUUGGAUCGCGGAUACCAGAGCUGGUCACCACUUCGUUGGCGAUCGCUCGCUGCUCUCGGACUUCAAAGAAUCCCCGAUGCAAGUCCAGAUGGCCGGCAAUUCGCUUGGUCAAGCCACUGGAUACGGGCGAAUGUUUGUUAAGACUUCGCAAGGUCUCUUUCUCGAGUUCAAGGAGAUGUACUACCUCCCUGGAUCGAAGUAUGGUCUCAUCUCAAUGUCGUCGCUCCGCGCUGGAGGCGCGAAAUUGGUUUAUGGCCAUGGGGGAGAUACUCAACAGGUUUGGCUUGACGGCUCUUUCGUCGCCGAAACUGUCAAGACGAAGGCCACGAGACCAAAUUACGUCUUCGACUUUGAGGUCGUUCCUCCACCCUCGCCUGUGCUCGUCGCCACUACCCGUGCCUCCGUUGGAGCUUCGCUCAUGGAAUGGCAUCGGAAAUUCGGACACAUGGCACCUUCUUCAAUUCUUCGUCUCGUCAAUUCCAAGGCUGUCGUUGGAAUUCGUCUACUCGACAAGAAGAUUGAAGACUGUGAGCCGUGCAUUAUCGCGAAGGCGCGCCCGGGCCCUCACAAUCAUGUCAGUCGAAAACCCGGACAUGUUCUUCAACGGGUUUCGAUCGAUCUGGGAUUCGUCAACGAUGACGAUACCAAGGGAUGAUCCAUCUACAUGGUUAUCGUCGACCAACUUUCAACCUAUAAGUGGGCUUUUCCAUUUGGUUCGAAGUCGGCAUCUGAAGUCCUCGAGGUUUGGCGCGGCUUUCAAGCGCAGGUCGAGAGGCAGUCCGGUCAGAAGAUCAAGUUUGUUCGUUCUGACAAUGGAGGCGAGUUCGUCAACUAACUAUUUGGCGACGAAUUCAAGGCACUUGGCAUCACCCAAGAACUGGCUGCACGCUACACGCCGCAGCAGAAUGGUCAAGCGGAGCGCGCGAACGGCUCUCUCUUCGCGCUCGUCCGUGCCAUGCUCAAAGACUCCGGACUUCCCAAGAAGUACUGGUCCUACGCACUUGAAGCGGCUGUUUUCGUUUCCAACCGCGGUCCUCACCCGCAUCUCAAGGGCAAGACUGCUUUCGAGGUCUUCUUUGGCAAGCAACCCGACGUUUCGCAUCUUCGCGCAUUCGGAUCUACUGCCUACGUUCUCGUCCCCAAGGCGAUUCGUAAGAAGCUCGAUGACCAUACUGUCAGGGGUACUUUCCUCGGCUAUUCGGGGGAGUACAACUCGAACACGGUCGGUCUUUCAAGAUCGUCGUCUCUUCCGAUGUCACCUUCUCCAACGAGGCUCCUUCGAUCGCGGACUCGGCUGUCGAGCCUCGCAUCUACGAAGUUGAACCUCUACAGGAAUAUGAGUUAGUACACCAACUGCCGUUUCCUGGCUUGGAGCAGAUUCCGGCUUUACGGCCUGCUCCCCUUCCUGAGGCAGGUUUGGCUUUUCAGCCUGCGAUCUUUCCCGAGGCAGAAGUUCCGGCUUUACGCCGGGCCUGCGCUCGUACCGAGCUUGGUCCGGCUUUUCGGCCAGCUCCCGCUCCUCUUCCUCGUUUUCAACAUGUGGACGAUGACGACGUUGCUCCUCCUCCUUUACCGGCUGUCGGCCCGUUGGCCGAAGACGCUGAAGUUGAAGAGGACCCGAUCGAUCUUCGACGCGAGGAAGCUGUUGAGGCUAUCAACAGUGACGAUGACGACGGCCCUGCGGAACACGGUCAACCAUUAACUCCUGAGGAUGGUUACGAGUAUUGAUCUUACCGUGUCGGCCGCAACCCCGGUGCGCUCGAGAACGUCGAUGCAGGCAAUAUUUUACCGACUCGCCUGCGUGCUCAACGUCGUACAGGCGCCCUUCGUGUCGUGUCUACUCGCUCGGUCUACCGUCGUCUACCAGAGCUCAUUGCUAUGGUUUCGUCUCGUCACCCCCCGCUUCCCAAGACGUUCGCGGAAGCGAUGGCCUCUCCUGAGGCCAAACACUGGAUGCCCGCUUCUGACAAGGAGUUGGGCUCAUUCAAAUCGCACAAGGUCUUCAAGCUUACGAGGUUACCCACCGGGGCUCGCGCCCUGGGCUAUCGUUGGGUGUUCGCUCGGAAGGAAGACGCUGAAGGCAACAUCAUCAGCUACAAGGCUCGUCUCGUCAUCCAAGGCUUUGCUCAACGACUUGGGAUUGACUACAACGAGGCGUUUGCUCCUGUCUCGUCGAUCACGACGAUCUUGUUUCUCAUCGCGAUUUCUGGCGCUCUCGGACUCGUCCUCGAGCAGUUCGACUAUGAUUCUGCGUUUCUCAACGGGAUCAUGGAGGAGGAUGUCUACAUGAAGGUUCUUGAAGGAUGGACUGGUGGUUCUCAGCCCGGUCACGCUCUCAAGCUUCUCAAAUCCAUGUAUGGCACCAAGCAAGCUCCUCGGCAAUGGAGCGACUUGCCAUGA